UCAAACUCUUCACUUGUCUGGUCGCAGAAGCCCCUGUUUUUUGCGUGGUCGAGUCCCGAACUCAAACACUAUUCACCAACAGCCUUGACGAACAGCACCUUAUUUGAACAAAAGAGCUCACUUUUCACUCUAACAAUGAACAACCCAGAAGACAUUGAAGAUUUGUUUAACGAUAAAGAAGUGAAAACGAUAAGAACAUCUUUGUUGCAAUGGUACGACAGGAACCAGAGGGAGCUUCCUUGGAGAUAUGAAAACGAAAGUGAAUGUGAAAGUGAAAGUGAUUUUGACAAGGAAAGGAGAGCAUAUGGUGUGUGGGUAUCAGAAGUCAUGUUGCAGCAAACCAGGGUUCAGACUGUUAUAGAGUAUUACAACCGUUGGAUGAAAAAAUGGCCCACCAUUCAUCACCUCUCUGAGGCCUCUCUAGAGGAAGUAAAUGAGAUGUGGGCAGGUUUAGGUUAUUAUAGAAGGGCGCGUUUUUUAUCAGAGGGAGCAAAGAUGAUUGUUGCCGAGGGAGGUGGGUUUCCUGGUACAGUUUCUGCCUUACGGAAGGUUCCAGGAAUAGGUAACUAUACGGCUGGAGCAAUUGCCUCCAUCGCAUUCAAAGAGGUGGUGCCUGUGGUCGAUGGAAAUGUUAUAAGGGUGCUUUCAAGACAGAAGGCCAUUUCUGCCAAUCCGAAAGACUCACUGACUGUCAAGAAAUUUUGGGCACUAGCAGCCCAACUUGUUGAUCCUUGCCGGCCUGGGGAUUUCAACCAAUCUCUUAUGGAACUUGGAGCAGUGAUAUGCACUCCUUUGAACCCAGAUUGCACGUCCUGUCCAGUUUCAGCCCAGUGUCGUGCAUUAUCUAUGUCCAAACAUGAUAACUCAGUUCUGGUCACGGAUUUUCCUACUAAGGUGGUAAAAACCAAACAAAGGCAUGAUAUUUCUUCUGCUUGUGUUGUGGAGAUAUUGGAAACCAAAGAUGAAUCUGAGGAAAAGCAACCUAACAGUGUAUUUCUUCUGGUAAAGAGACCAGAUGAAGGUUUGCUUGCUGGUCUUUGGGAGUUCCCAUCUAUCAUCUUGAAAGAAGAAGCUAACUUAACCACGAGGAGAAAAGCCACUGACAGCUUUUUAAAGAAAUCAUUCAAUCUUGAUCCCAAAAAAAACUGUAGCAUAGUUUUGAGAGAAGAUGUUGGAGAAUUUGUUCAUGUAUUCUCUCACAUUCGUCUUAAGAUUCAUGUGGAGUUGUUGAUACUACGGCUUAAAGGCGGGACAAAUGACUGGUUUGAGAAACAGGACAAAGGAACUAUAACUUGGAAAUGUGUGGAAAGCAAUGCACUUUCAAGCAUGGGAUUGACAUCGGGAGUAAGGAAGGUCUACACUAUGGUUCAGAAAUUUAAGCAAAAAGAGUUGACCACUAGUUCCAUCUCAACAAGAAAAAGAACCAGUUCAAAGAAACAAAGAUGUUCCUAGACCUAAUCUAGUUGCGACAGCUCAUUCUUAUCACUAAAUCAACAAGAAAGCUUUUCUGAAUUUCCUUUUCCUUCUCUAUCAGAAUAUCAUUUUGCCUGCUCUACAAUUUGCAGAUUAUAUAAAGACAGCUGACUAUGGCUCUUCAGGAUAGAGGUGGGAUCGUCAUAUCUACUUCAUAAGCAUAACAUGGUAUGUUCUUCCGACAGAAGCCUACUUUGUGUGGCAUCUUCGAUGAGCAUAUAUAACAUUUAUCUUAAGGUGUCUAUUGAAUCAACUUUUGUUGGUUUGGAUUCCAAUUACUGUAUUUUUCUUUACUUCUUAGUUGUAAGAUAAUCAAGAAAUGAAACAACAGAGCCAACGACAAGCCUAAAAGCUGAAAUAAUUGCACUAAAAGAUACAUCGAGGGUCCUUGAGCUGACAAGGCAAGAGAUGUUAAGGGUGAAAAUAGUCCGAAUUCGGAAAUGUUGGACUAGCAACUUCAGACAUCAAACUUGUUGAAUCUUUGCAGAGGGACACUGGCAACAACUUCUGGGAAGCUGCAAAACUUUGAUGAUGAGUUCUUCUAUAAUCAGACGGGCUUGUAAUAAUUUUCAAUAUUCAAAACAGAAGUAUUCAUGGGACUUGGUUCCGGUUUUAUUUGUAUAUCAUUUAUGCUAUAGCUCCAAAAUUAGUGAUGAAAAGAAACUUUAUGGGUAGCCAAAAACUUCAUGGUCUUUUAAGUUUUAAC